UUCGUGAAAGUUUUCUUCUCUGCUUCUUCUUCUUCUUAAACAAAUAGAAGCACUCACAUCUCCACAGCACACGCGUCCAGUCCAGGCCAGCCAGUUUCUGAAUUUCCCACUGCAACAAAUCCCGGAAAAUCGCCGUUUCACUUUCCCAUCUUCCAAACACCCUACUACCUACAUUGCCUCCCCCCACCAGAUGUCCGCGAGUUCGAGUGACCGGCGAGAGGUGCUCCUCAAGAUGAACGGCGGCGGUGCUUCCCCCAACGGAACUCCUCCUCGUCCUCCUGCUCCGGCCCCGGCCCCGGCCGGGAACAUAUGGAGAGAAUCUAGCUACGAUUUUCUGGAAGGAGUGGAUAGAGAUAGGAAGAAGGAGCAGCAUUCUGAGGGUCACGACGACGGGAGCGGGAGCUACAGAUUCGAUUUCAAUCCGGCUCAGAGAAGCAGCAGUCCUGGGGAGAAUAGGAAAGCAAUUCCGGAGGAGGAUCCGACGUCGAAGCUCAUUGGACAGUUUCUGCACAAGCAGCAGGCGUCCGGGGAGUUCUGUUUGGAUAUGGACUUGGAGAUGGCGGAGCUUCAGAACGGGAACAACAACGACGGGUUGCAUCACCUCCGGCAUCUCGCUCCGGUUUCCGAGUCGCCUGUGGCGGUUCACCAGCGAGUCUCUUUCGAGUCGAGCGAGUCGAUAAGGAGGAGGCAGGCGAGCAGAUUCAAGGAGUCUCCCGGGAUUCAAUCGAACGUUGGGAGCCCUGCUGCUGGUGAUGGAGGAGGCGAGGUUUUGAAGUGCAGUUCCAGAGAAGGCGUUGGUUCGUUUUCUAGUCAAUCGUCGUUUAAGAGGAAGUCCAAUUUGUUCAAGGAGAAGACUAAGUCCAGGUUGAUGGAUCCACCGCAGCAGCAGCAGCCGAAUUCGCAGCCGGAGAAAUCAGGAAGGAUGCCCGCUGCGAAGUCAGGGCAGUUGAAAUCUGGAUAUGUAGGGAGAAGCAAUCACAUCGACGAAGAGGAAGACGAUCCGUUGCUGGAGGAAGAUUUGCCGGAAGGAUUGAAGGAAAAACUCGGCAUCUGGACUAUCCUUGAAUGGGUGAGCUUAAUCUUACUCAUUGCUGCUCUAGUUUGUUCCCUCACCAUUCGGCUACUUAAGCAGAAGCACCUGUGGAACCUUCCUCUAUGGAAAUGGGAAGUAAUGGUUUUAGUACUCAUCUGCGGGAGGUUAGUUUCAGGAUGGGUAAUUAGGUUCAUAGUGUUCUUCAUUGAGAGAAACUUUCUGCUGCGUAAACGAGUUCUCUAUUUCGUCUAUGGAGUCAAGAAGCCUGUGCAGAACUCUCUAUGGCUAGGGCUUGUCUUGAUAGCUUGGCAUUUCCUAUUUGAUAAGAAAGUUGAGAAGGAAACUGGAAGCAGGUUUCUUCGAUAUGUGACCAAAGUUCUACUGUGCUUAGUGGUGGGAACUUUGAUAUGGCUGGUGAAGACCCUCAUAGUUAAGGUCCUGGCUUCCUCUUUCCAUAUGAGCACUUACUUCGAUCGGAUUCAGGAGUCGUUGUUCAACCAAUAUGUAAUUGAGACUCUCUCCGGUCCUCCAUUGAUUGAAAUCCAAAGGAAUGAAGAGGAAGAAGGAAGACUUUUGUCAGAGGUGCAGAAGUUACAGAAUGCUGGUGUUGAUGUGCCUCCGGCUCUUAAGGCAGCAACAUUUCCAUCACCUCAGCCAAGCAAGGUGAUUGGGAGUGGGCGGCUUCAGAAGAGCCCAAGAGUCGGUACUCCCAGGGGUGCUUCUGGUACUUUUGCUAAUACAUAUAAGGAGGGUGAUGAUGGGAUAACGAUUGAUCACUUGCAUAAGUUGAAUCAUCAGAAUGUCUCUGCCUGGAAUAUGAAGAGGCUGAUGAACAUAAUCAGACAUGGGGCUUUGUCGACUCUGGACGAGCAGAUAAAGGAUUCGAUCCAUGAUGAUGAUGAAUCGACCACGAAGAUUCGAAGUGAAUAUGAAGCUAAAGCUGCUGCUAGGAAAAUAUUUCAGAAUGUGGCCAAGCCUGGUUCUAGAUUCAUCUACUUUGAGGAUCUUUUGCGCUUUAUGCAAGAAGAUGAGGCUACGAAGGCCAUGAGUCUCUAUGAAGGAGCUGCAGAAACUCAGAAGAUCAGCAAGUCAUGCUUGAAGAACUGGGUGGUCAAUGCUUUUAGAGAAAGAAGAGCGCUGGCUUUGACCCUCAACGACACGAAAACAGCAGUGAACAAAUUGCACCGGAUGGUGAACGUUCUCGUCGCGAUCCUGAUCAUUGUCAUAUGGCUUCUCAUGCUGGGAAUCGCCACCACUAAAUUUCUGCUUUUCAUGAGCUCCCAACUUGUUCUGGUAGCAUUCGUCUUCGGCAACACCUGUAAAACGGUUUUUGAAGCUAUCGUGUUCUUGUUUGUGAUGCACCCGUUUGAUGUGGGGGAUCGGUGUGAGAUUGAUGGAGUACAGAUGGUCGUGGAGGAGAUGAACAUUCUGACCACCAUUUUCCUGAGGUUCGAUAACCAGAAGAUCAUCAUCCCGAAUAGCGUCCUUGCCACGAAAGCCAUCGGUAACUACUACCGUAGUCCGGACAUGGGCGAUGGAAUCGACUUCUUCAUUCAUGUGGCUACUCCAGCUGAGAAGAUUGCUGCAGUUAGGCAAAGGAUCAACGCAUAUGUGGACAACAAGAAAGAGCAUUGGUAUCCAUCUCCGAUGGUCGUACUCAGGGAAGCUGAGGAUUUGAACAAAGUCCGGAUUUCGGUGUGGCCGUGCCACAGGAUCAACCACCAAGACAUGGGGGAGAGGUUCGUAAGGAGAUCACUAUUGAUUGAAGAAAUGGUCAGAAUUUUCAAGGAGCUGGACAUGCAGUUCCGGUUGCUGCCCGUGGAUGUCAACGUCCGGGCGGUGCCGCCAGUAUCGUCGGAACGCGUUCCGCCGAGUUGGGCACUUGUUUGAGUUAGUGGAAGUAGAUGUAGAAUUCUCGAAAUGAACAUUUGGGGGAGAGACCCUCGGUUUACUUGCGGCAUGUAGAAGGUAACUAAUACUAGGCAAUAAGCUCCUGUUUGUAGAUGAUUACAUAGUUUAAUGGUGGUGUAUUUGCGGUGUUCUGCAUAUGGGGUGGCUAACUGGUUUCGAUGGCUCUGGUUAAUGGAUUGGCCCAACCCUGUUUAAUAUAAUAACCCUGCACACUCAUCCGACGGGUCCGAAGUUGGCCACAUCCAGCUCGCCUUGGGCUAUGCUUACGCGGGAUUAACAGUUGGGCUCAAGAACAAAUAAUUGGGCUUAGCGCCAUUUGAGCCCAAUCAUAUUUUGACUUUUCACAGCACAUAAGCAGAACAAUUUCAAAUGCGUAAAUACACCCUUCCCUUCUGGGCUCUGGCCUUCUCGUUUUACUCGACGCCCGUCGAGCGUCGACUGCCAAUUCUCUUCUCGUCGCCGUGGCCGUCGCCGUCGCGCCAAAUCUCCGCUGCAUGUCCUACUUGCUAUCCUCCUAAGACAUCCGAGUUUUUCCAAGCUCUGAAGAGCUUCUGCUUUGAAGAUUUCAUUUUGUGGUGCCGUGGGAGACGAACGACUUGCAGCUGCAGGAUUGGAUGUGGGUUUGUAGUAUUCCAUUCCUCUCCAAGAUAUUUGUAAAGCAUGAAUGACAGUAGAAGUCACAGCAAGAAUAAGGAUACUUCUGUAGCAGUAGAAUCCUCUGGAUGCAAAAUUUCAAUUGUGCAGGUCUUCUUGCUCCAUACAAUAUGUGGACUUUGUUUGGGUAUUGGAUUAUUGAUUGCUCACCAUUGGUACUCCAUCCAUCUUGUUUCUCAUCCUUCAGGCACGAUUUGCUUGAUUUGGAUUAUCGAGACUCCAGCUGCACUACUUCUUUAUAGUCACUUCCGAAGAGAUACAGAAACAUACUCGUUCUUGAGGGCUGUUGGACGAGGCUUAUGCGCUUUCCCUAUUGGAGCUUUGAUCCAUGCUGCUCUAGCUAUUGUAUUAGGCGCACCUGUUGGUUCCUGGUACUUGUUGAAGACAAUUAAUUGGUCUCUUUUGAUGUCAUCACUCACAGUGAGUAAAUACAAUCAUUUACCCUACUGAACUUGUUAUUAUUUUUUUAUAAUCCUCUGUUAAGUGAUGUUCUGAAGAAUUUUCCCUUAGAUUUAGUUCAACCUGUGAACUAUAUGGUGAAUUGAAUCCCAAAUGCUAUGACCAGUUUGGUAAUAUCAUUGCGAGGGAUUUUGUAUAUUUGCGCUGCGUCUAUGAACAAAAAGAACAUUAACAUGACAUCAAUGGGUUUGGCUUUUUAUUUUAGCCUUGCAAAACUAUUAUGCCCCACAGAACUUUCUAACAAUACAUGAGUUCAGAUUGUCCCUGUAGCUUCUGUAUUUGGUUCAUCGUGGAGAGACUGGCAACGCGUAUUUGCACGUACAGAGCCAAAUGAUUUAUUGGAAUACAUGCUUUGCAUACCUGCACAUGGCGCGGCGAUUGGAGCUUGGUUGGGAGCUUGGCCUAUGCCACUUGAUUGGGAAAGGCCAUGGCAGGAAUGGCCGAUAUGUGUUACGUACGGCGCAGUGACAGGCUAUGUGAUUGGAUUAUCGGCGUCUUUCUGCGUGGCGUGCGCCAGUACUGGAGCAAGACGAUCGCGUCAGAAAGGGGAUUAGUGGCUGCUUCUGCUGGCUGACUACUACUGCAAAAGUUGGCAGGCGACUGAAUGGAUUAGGCUGUAAAAGGUUAUCAUCAAAUUGCUGGUUCUGACAGGGUUUACAGGUCCUUGCUAAGUCAGUACGCUUCUCUGUUAUUCCCGUACAGUACUUCUACUAAGGAUGGAGAUCCGAUCCAUUUAAAACUAAGGAUGGAGAUCUGAUUAUACAAGUUUGAUGCCCUGUUAUUAGAGGUGGCAAAUGGAUUGGAUUGGUGGAUUGGUGGAUUGGAUUGGUGGAUUCAUGGAUCAAAUGGAUUGGAUCUAAUGGAUUGGAUCAAGUGGAUUGGUGGAUUAUCCAUAAAUCCAAAUGACAUCCUCAACCAAGGACCAAUAUGUAAAAUGUAAAAAGUUUAGGUACUAAAAUGUCACAAUGAAAAAUUUUAGGUACCAAAAUAUAAUUUUCCA